ACAAUUAGACUGAAAUUUACCCAGUUAGAAACAUCCGUAAUAUAAAGACAGUGAGGCUGAAAAUGGGUAUAUCUCAUUGCAACAAUCAUGUAAGCCAGAUACUCCAGAGACUUGUAUGAAAACUAUGCAAUCAAUUGGAUACAGUUUUAUUUGCCAGCGCAACCUUGCAUUGGAAACAGGAGCUCCUUUUUAUUUGGUUGAGUUUAAGAUGAGUUCAUCUUGGUUCAGUUUAUACUCCCUCUGAGCAAAGGACAUACUUGUAACUGUACACUGUGUAAAAUGAUACAGCCUGUGUUGUCCCGUGCUUCCCUCCACCACACAGCCAACCUUGGUCUUCGCUCUCACAAGGGUACAUUUUGCCCUAACGUAACUUUUACAGCCUCAUGUUGCUGUUGAUUUCUUUAGAGGAGCUGCCUGUCCUUCUGUCUCACAGUGCUGGUGUCAUCAGUGUCGGGGUCGUUUAAGGAAAAGUCACCAGACAAUAUUGUUUACGGGGGGAGGGCUAUUGCAUAUUUCUAAGCAUUUUUUCAUGGGCGGGUCUUUGUAGAUAUUUUCAGCUAGACUGCAGUUUGAGUGCAGAACAUUUACAAUAAACACCAGGUUUUGUUGUCAAUUUAAUCAAAGAGUAAAUAAACACAACUUUCAUGAUUUUCAUCAAUGAUAAAGAAAGAAAUGAAUAUAUGAAGGUUCCAGUUUGUCCACUAAAAAGCCCGGAUACACACGUACUGUUUUCUUUGUCUGUCUGCAGUGUUCUUAUAGUGAAAAUGUAUACUUCCACUUAUUAGUUACUUCCUGUCACGCAAGCACACAACAUUCGUGUCAGCUGGCUGUCAAUUUUAAUCUCUGCGGUGUGUUAAAGUGCCACUUUCUAUCCCGAAAUAUGAGGUGAUGUAAUGAGUGUUUGGUGCUGCUCACUUUUUGAGAAGUUAUGCAAUACAUGUCGCAUUUUCAGUUAAUACAACAGGCACUGAGUGCAGUGUUGGGAAUUACUGACUAGGCAGAUCGAAGGAAAGAGGGCACUCACAACUCAGCAUGGUCCAAUACAAAAAUCAAAUAUAAUUUCCAGUUAAAGUAACAGAUUUCACUUAAAUGUGUGUUUUCCCUGUUUUUUAAUAACACUCUACUGUUUUUUUGUGUCAGGUUGUGGCUGGUUGCAGGGCUCCUGGAGCAGAAGAGCUGUGCCAUUUCCCCCCCCCCUUUUUUUUGUCCUCUCAUGCCCUCCCCUUGUGUGUUUCCCUGCGUGUUAGUGACCCUGCACCCCCGCCCGCCCCCCACCUGAUCCCUCCCGUCGUGUCGCCGCUACCAGCCGCUACGAAGCCCCCCCUCUCACCCCAUGCUUGGGACAAAGCCAGCUCACUGCCAGCCCAAUGACUGCCUGGAUCGUCCUGCCUGUCAGCCUGUCUGCCUUCUCCAUCACAGGAAUAUGGAUAGUGUAUGCCAUGGCUGUAAUGAAUCACCAUGUUUGUCCUGUGGAGAACUGGUCUUACAAUGUAACGUGCACAGAGGAGCUGCCCAGACCAGGCUUCCCGAAGACAUGUUGCACCAUCCAGGACAUCCCCCUCAUCAGUAAAUGCGGCUCUUUCCCUCCUGAAAGCUGCCUGUUCAGCCUGAUCGGCAACGUUGGAGCCUUCAUGGUGGUUAUGGUGUGCUUUCUGCGCUACGCCCAGGUGAUAGAACACAGCCACCGAUGUUGGGUCAACACCAGCGCUCUGGUGUCCGGCUGCACCAACGCCGUGGGUCUGGUCAUGGUGGGCAACUUCCAGGUCGAUCACGCCAAAUCUCUUCACUACGUGGGUGCUGGCGUGGCGUUCCCAGCAGGGCUGCUGUUCGUGUGCCUGCAGUGCGUGCUCACCUACCGGGUAGCAGUGACAGCCCUCGACUACUGGAUGGCCCAUUUCCGGGUCGCUCUGGCACUGGGAGCUAUGAUCUCCCUCGUCCUCAGCGGCAUCUUCUUCAUCCACGAGAGCUUCAUCCUGCAGCACGCUGCCGCCAUCUGUGAGUGGGUCUUCACAGUAGACAUCCUGGUCUUCUACGGCACCUUCACCUACGAGUUCGGCACCGUCACCAGCGAGACCAUGAUGGCGGGCCUGCAGCAGAGUCACCUCCUCAGCUCAGGGGUUAUCAUGGGCCCCAGGGCCCGGGGAUCGACCAUGGGCGGGGCAACCAAGGGCCUCAAGUCUCCAGGUGGAAGCAGCACAUCCACACAUCUCAACUGUACCCCGGAGAGCAUAGCCAUGUUGUAGCUCUGAACCGCUAGCCCAAAGGUCUGAAAAAUCACAGCAGAGGAGCUUCAAGAGCUUCCACAGGAUGGAAAGAUGACAGAGGUAGCAUGUGAAGGAAGACAGGAAGUUUGGAUAUCUUUAAGAAUUUUAACUGACACCAGGUUAUCCCGUCUUUUAAUACACUCUAAUCUUUUUUUUUUUUUUUUUUGUCUUUCUCCGACGUUGGUGAGAGCCGGCUCGUUUGGUGAGCAGCCGCAGUCAAAAUGUCCCGUCACGUUUUCUGUAGUGAAACUGAAAAAGAAGGCGCUGAAUGUGUGGAGCCAGUCUUGAGUACUGGAGCCAUGAAUGUUUCCAAGAUCGGGCAAAUCUUCACAAAAAGUAGGUUGUGUCCUGAAUGGGUCGUCUUUUUAUUGAGCGUCACUGGCGUAUGAGUUGAAAGAGAAGGUUCCUUAAAGCCACAAAGCCCCUUCUUCCCUCCUAAACACUCCUUCAUGAACUCUCCAGUGCUUCGCGAGGCCCACCUGUUUUGGCCUUUCUUUUUUUGUUUUGCUUAUUUUCUGCACGGCACACUUUUUCAAAAUGAGCGAAUACUCAUUUAUGUUUUGAGUUGGCGUAGCGAGUAGAAAACACUGAAUGUUUGAGAAGUGACUAGUUAACGUUAUGUAUGUUUUUACAGGCCACGAGAGUUUGGCCUUUUUUAAAAUCAAACAUAACAUCUUUCAAACGAUUGGCAAAAAAACACCUGACAAUUGAAUCUUGGUCGCACAGUUUCUGCCCGAUAGCUGCAAUCAAACGUGAUUUGAAAUGCAUAUUUUGAUGGUAUUAUUUCCGAUUGUUUUACACAGCAUGUAUGUCUUUAUCUCGGGCGGAUAUUCAUUCUUGAGGUCGUUAAUCCAUUUCACUGACGUGAGUGCUGGAUGGCUACAUUAAUAAUAAUAAAAAAAAAAAUUUAAAAAAAGAGUUCUGGUGAACCAUCUCAAUCAGUCUUCACUGAGAAGUCCUCUCCCUCCUUAUCACUCUUCACUGAGAAGUCCUCUCCCUCCUUGUCACUCCAUUUAUCGUCCCACCCAGUUGCAUGAUUUCCAUUUCGUGCCACCUUUUCACCGCCAUGUCCCGGUGCAAUAAUCGCCAUCAAUCAUCUGAUCACGUAUGCUCCACUGGAGUGAAUAAUGCCUUUUUUUUAAUGUGUUGGUGUUACUGGGAGUUUGAACACUUUUUUUUUUCUUCUUCUUCUUUCCAAGUGACACCAAGACAUGUUAAGUGACCUAUGUCCUAUAAUAAAACAAGUGGGCGUGUGAAGGUAAAACUCUUAUCCCCACUAACACAUUAACCGGUUAAUGUAGUUCCUGUCCGCUAUUAGAUUCCAGGCUGGACCCUUGGAAGCCUUAUUUGAGUUUGGAGAGUAAGUUUUUCUGCUUGUGUGAAGUCGUCGGAAGCCUUCUCGUUAAUUUACGGAGGACGUCUUACUCCCAGAGGUCGACUGAGAAGUGAAAAGUCAUUAUGAUGCUUUUUAGACCCUGUGCCAUAAACCUUAGUGUCACGAUGGCGUCCAGAGAGCGUCCCAACCAGAUGAUAUCACACAGGUUGUAGAAAAGUUUGUGAAAGUGAGUCAUGUGUUGAAAGUUUUGUAUGAUUUUCAAUGUUGCCAAUUUUUUUUUUCUUUAAGUGUUGAUUACAGACUGCCACUAACUAAAAGCUGACUAAUGCCACCCAGGUUAGGUUACACCAGGAUUAGGUUUUCGUUUUAGCGAGCGAGCCGUUUCUCCCGCGAGCGGUUUGAGAAGUAUGUUUCAUAACCACUAACACACACAGACACAUACACACACAGUAUUCUGCCCUCUGCGUAGUGUUGAUGCUUUUUUAAACUGUCUAACCACUGGAUGCCAGCAAUACUCAUUUCUAAAAGGUCACAUCACCUACCUCCUUUAUCUUUUCGUGGGUUUGAUGCUGUUUCAAAGAGAAAUCAAGAGUUCCAACAAGUCUGAAGAGGUCGGUUUCUUCACUUUUCAUGCAAAUAAUUAUUUAAUGUCACAGUCUUUCUGGACUGCAGGACCCUGACAGACACAGCUGUGUUAAAGUGUUUUUUUUUGUUUUGUUUUUGAUCUGCACCACUUGCCAAAAAUAAGACUGGAAUUCACUGAUUGGUUUUGUGUUUCAACAGUAUGUGUAUGAAUUUGUACGAGAGCACUGUUUUAGCCUUAUUCCUCAUACUGUGCCAGGGGAACGCUUUCAUUUUUAUCAGGUUUUUUUUUUUUUUCAUGUUCAGCUGUAGCCUAAUUCUUCACCAUACUGUAACCAAAGUCACACGGGGUGACUUCAAACGGCAGCUUGUAUGAGUCUUCACAUCAGGGUUGUGAUUUAUUCUGUAACAGCAUCUACACCAUCUUCCACACGCCAAAAUUUAAAAGGUGGGUUUUACAACCUUUUUUUUUCUUUCUCGGUUUUUUUCGGUUCAAUGUGCACAUCAGUAAAUGGCGAUAGUACGUUUGUUCGUUGGAAAAUCGUAUAUUUAAAAAGACUGCCUGAUCUGUAAUGUCUUGAAGUCUAAGCCACAGCAACACAGAAACAAAUGUCUAUAAAAAUGUAUUAGUCUUAUUUCCUCAAUUUGAAAAAAAAUAAAAAGAUUGUUGAAGAAUGGUAAUGGAGGAGUCAGAGAAAUCCCCGAAAACAAGUCGACAGAUUAUUUUGUUUCCUUUUAUACAUUCUGUAAAUAUGUAUGAUUUGUCUAUCAUUUAGGUAUUUUCAUUUGACAGAGAUUUAUAUUCAAAUAUGAAAUAAAAAUGAUAAAUUA